AUGGUGCCCCUCGGCAAGGAGCGCGCUCCGGCGCCGUCUACGACGUCGUCCGCCGCCGAGGACGCGGCGCCGGCGCAGCACUCGCGUAGGCGCGCCGGCGUCAUCCGGCAGGCGCAGCCGGAGGCGCCUGGGCAUCAGCUCGCCGCCUCGCACGCUGCUGCAGAGAAGCGCAAGGCCAACAAGAUGACGCCGAUGGAGCGCAGGGCGAAGCGCGCGGCCGACGAAAAGCGGCGCUGGCACGAGAAGCGCAAGGCGACGCGCGAGGCCGCCGCCAAGUUCAGCAUGGCGAGCGAGGACACCGAGAAGGACCCCGCGAUGGUGAUUGCAUCGCUGCUCGAUGAGCUCGUGGCCGAGGUAGCCGAGGUGGCGGAAGUUCGCGACGAGGUGGAUGAGGGUGAGCUUCAGGAGGAGCUGGAGAAGCUGCUCAUUGCGCGUAGCGGCUCGCCGUUGCUCGAGGACACGGGCACACGCGAGGCCCUCGAGCUCGAGCUGCGCGCCGACGGCUACGGCGCGGCACGCGGCGACGACGGGCCGCAAGUCUACAGCCUGCCGUUCAACGAGCUGCAGCGGCGCGUGGCCGACAGCGAGGACGCGUGGCCGGGCGAGGCGCAGAUAGCGUGGGAUCAGCGCGCGAUGCGCGAGCGGCUUGCACGCGGCGUGCCUCUCGGCGACUACCUCCAGGAGCUGCAGCAGCUGCUGAGCGACCCACCGCGCGAUUUAAUUGCCACCCACGAGCUCGCGAACUAUGGCAGCAAGCCCACUGAUUGGCGGCCACAGGGUAGAAACAUCGCGCCGCCGCCACCGCCGCCGCCGCCGCCGCCGCCGCCGCCGCCAGCUGCGUUGCCGCCGCCGCCACCCGCCAAUGACCCGUGCCGCUGCACAACAUGCGGCCACAUCCUACCUAUUUGGAAGUGCAAUGCUGGAUGUGAAUGCCUCUAUUCUGACCGGGAGGCGCUGCAGCUGCACAAGGCCUAUGAUUGCUCGCCGGCGUGCACACCGCACUGGUCGCAAUCACUGGUUAACGUGAAGUCCGGCUCCGUCGAGCCAUGUGCGUAUUGUGCCAAGUGCGCGGCCAGCCACUGCAUCGGAUUGGGCGCCUUCCCAGAUCUGGAGACGCAGCAGCAGCAGCGCAGGCUCGAGCUCGAGGCGCAGCACAGGAGCGCAGGUACGCUGCCGCCGCCGCCGCCAACGACGAGUGGCAGCAACCGCCUCCUGCAGGCAUUUGACGAGGGCGACAUGCCGUACUAUUACUACAAGGACACAUCGCACACCCUCGCGUGCAAAUACGAACUACUCGACACCAGUGUCGCCAAUCCUGACUGGACGCGCGAUCCGCCAGCCGAUGUGGCUGUCACCGAGGGCAAAUGGCCACCGGAGCGCUCCGAGUACGACCUCGGUGAGCACGGGCAGAAAGCAUAUCAUCGGCACCGCGUGCGGUGGUACAGGGAGCACACAUGCAAGGAGCUCACCGGCAGCCUUGAGGAGCAGAAUGGCCAGUGGGACAACUACAAGCGCAACUUCCGCGCACGCGGCGAUAGUGCUCCGCUCGAGAGGCGGCAUGGCGGCAUGUUAUUGAACCACUCUGGGAUGAUUCAGAGUGAUAUGCCCUCCUUCCGCAAGAAGGGCGUUUCGACGGCCAUCGCCGACGAGGGCGCCGCAGCAGCGGCGCUGCGGCCCGCGCCCAAGGUGGCCCUCUCCUUUGACCCCGACGAGGAGGGCGCACCGAUAAAGAUCAAGAAGAAGAAGAAGAGGGCGCACCCGCCACCCGCUGCGCCGCCGCCGGUGGGCGAUGCUGCGCCCGCGCUCGCCCCGGCGGCUGGCACCUACUCCUCCGGCUUCCUGCAGCAGCUACGCGACGCGCAGCGCACACGCACCGGCGACCCGGCCGAGCCGGCGGCGGCGGAGGAGGCGGCGGCCGGCGGGGGCGGGGGCGGCGCGAGCGUGGAGGAGAUCCGCGCGGCGCGCGAGGCGCGGGAGCGGGCGCGCCGUGCCGGCGACGAGCGUGAGGGCGGGCAGAGCUUCCUCCCGCUCGAUGACGCCGGCGAGGACGGGGGCGGCGCGUGGCGGGCGGCGCGGCUGCUAGAGGAGCUGCAGCCGGAGGAGGAGGAGGCGCGCAGCGGCGGCUCGGGCGGGCUGGCGGCGGGCCGGCGGAAGGGACGUGCGGGUGCGGUGCCGAGCGCCGUGUGGUAA